CCCCCCCCCCCCCCCCCCCCCCGCUCUCUCUCUCACACACACACACGUUAAAUACACAUUGUCACUGUUGUUCUUGCUGUUGUUGAAGAGAGAGAAACAAAAGACUAGAGGAAGAGAGGGGGGAGAGUUUGAUGACAGAUGGGUUCGUCGUCGGGACAGAGCCAUAGUAGUUACGAUCUGUCGUUCAAGAUCUUGCUGAUCGGCGACUCUGGCGUCGGCAAGAGCAGCCUUCUUGUCUCCUUCAUCUCCUCCUCCUUCGACGAUCUCUCCCCUACUAUCGGUGUAGAUUUUAAAAUAAAGCAGCUCACAGUUGGCGGGAAAAGAUUGAAGUUAACCAUUUGGGAUACAGCUGGACAGGAGAAGUUCAGAACAUUAACAAGUUCUUAUUAUAGAGGCACCCAGGGGAUCAUUCUUGUAUAUGAUGUGACGCGGAGGGAAAGCUUUACAAACUUGUCAGAUGUCUGGGCUAAAGAAGUAGAUCUCUAUUCCAGUAAUCAGGAUUGCGUUAAGAUGCUUGUUGGAAAUAAAGUUGAUAAAGAAUCAGCAAGGGCUGUAAGUAGAGAAGAAGGAAUUGCUCUUGCUAAAGAGCAUGGAAGUCUAUUUCUUGAAUGUAGUGCCAAAACUCGAGCAAAUGUGGAGCAAUGCUUUGAAGAGCUUGCUUUAAAGAUAAUGCAGGUCCCUAGUCUUCUGGAAGAAGGAUCUACAGUAACCAAGAGAAAUAUCUUAAAGCAAAGACAAGAACACAAGGGCUCACAACCUGGUGGUGCUGGUGGUGGUUGCUGCUCAUAAGAUGCUGAGUGACUGCCAAUGUGACUAAAAUAUAGAAAGCACAAAUGCGACCCACCCCCCCACCACAAGCAGCACUUGUAAUGGCAGGAUGAGCUCAUCAAUUAAACCAGUGGUGAUCAAAUUUAUGUACAUUGAUCAUGUUUUUUCUUUUGUAUCUCAAUUCCUGUUGUGCUUUAGUUGUCCCAGUAAAUAGUACGGUGGUUGUGUGGGAGUAUUGGCACUCUAAAUGAUGUGUUUAGCUUGGGUAAAGUUGUUUGCUGUUUUGUCUUUUUUCUCUUCUUCCCACUUGUAUGGGCACAAGUUUUCCUGGGUUUUUAUCUGAUGAUUAAUGUGAGUUAUUUUUCCUUUUCUUUUA